UGCCAGCCGUUACAACCAAAUUUCUAUAGACAAUUUAAUAUUUAAAGAACAGCUUUGCCUUUUUUUAAUCAAUUUUGAGACCAAGUUUACUUGAAGAUUUUCUUUUUGCAUUGGUUAAUUUCAAAGGAUAUUUUUUGUCCAAGAUUGGUUGUUGUGAGCGAUUUCAAUAGCUCUCGAGGGGGGAACCUUAAAUACACAAAAACUCAUAUCAAACCAAUCAUGAGUUUAUUCCACAGUGAGUGAGUUAUUAAAGCUAUGCUGUGCAGAAGGGUUUUAAAUCAUCAUAUCUUAUAAAAACAGAGUAACCAAAAUGCCGUCAUCUGAUCUGAAUUAUUGGGGCCUGUUUUGGGCAGUGACUUAUUCCUUCGCAAUCAGCACUUACCUCCUCCUAGCCAAACUGACUGCUGGCUUGCCCUAUUAUGUGCUGGCAUCACGUGCUCUCUUCCACAUAUCAAUCAGCGGAAUAGUUCUGUCUCUCUUCUGGGAAAAAUCGGUCUGGGAAGGCACGAGAAAAAAUUACAGACUUAUUUUCUUCAGGUCGGCUAUCAAUGGUGCCACAAUGUCAACCAAAGUGCUAUGUGUGCAAUACAUCUCAGUGGCAGACCUGUCAAUCAUAUCGCAGACCACGCCCGUCUUCGUCUGCAUAAUCGCCACCCUCUUCAUGAACGAGAAACUAACUAAGAUAGACUGUCUCAUCAUUCUCAGCUGCUUCACUGGAGUCAUAUUUGUCAUGCAGCCUACCUGGAUUUUUAGAUGCCUGAAUGAAAACCUUGGGGUGAGUCAUCCUUCGACGAUAGAGAGUGAUACCAGCAUAGCAGCUGCUUCCUGUGUGAUGUUGCUGGUGGCCUUUCUCAACGCUGUCACCACAGUGAUUCUCAAGAGACUAGCUGAUAAGAAUGUGCACCCCUCUGCGAUCAUUCUAACCAGUGGAUGCUCUUUACUAGGUUUCAGUACAUUUGGGUUGUUGCUUUCACUCUGGAGAAAUAAAGUUCCAAGCUCACACUUAUGCGUUGAGAGCUGGACUGUAUCAUUAAUGGCGCUCAUCACUGGUUUGAUCGGGUAUUCAGCCCAACUAACCAAUUUUCUGGCAUCACAGAAGAUCAAAGUCAGUGUAAAAAGCGUUAUUUGCUGCACUCAAAAUGUAAUCCUGGGAUUUGUUUACACAGUGAUUUUGACACCAGAAGUGGCUGGAGUGAAUAUUUGGAAGAUUCUUGGUGCUAUUUUGGUUAUCAUUUCUGGGUUACUUCUUUAUGCCAAAAAAGAGAGCCAGUUUUUUCAGUUUGGAUCAAACUCUAGUUCAGUGACAUCACGCACUAAUACCACAACCACAGCUGCUUUCGAACUUCAGGAGCCUUUACUAAAUAACGACACAACUUUCUCAGACUCGGACGAAGAUUUGUUUUCCGCAAAAGUUACGAAAAAAGAAUAACUUUUUUUGUCUAUAUCUAGGAAAUUGUAAUUCCAUGUUCUGGAAAAAUAAUUGUAUAAUUCUCUUAAGUUCGGCUUGGAGAAGA